GAUUGUUGAGGAAGGGGAAUCUGAUGAGCAUCUGGUCAAAGUGGAAUGGGACAGAGGACAGUUGAGAGAGGAAUAUAACAGGACAUGGUGUAAAAUGUUAUGUAGAUUACAAUGUAUUUGGAAUCACAUGGAUUGUUUUGAUACAAAAAUGUUACACCUUUUUAAAAUACUGAUAAACUCCCGAGUUCAUUUGACCUUUCAUGAGUGUAAAUGACCUAAAGGUGACCUUUGCAUGUGUUUUAUUUUUUAUAACCUUAGUAAAGUGUACAUUCCAUUUUCCAUAAGCUUUAAUUUUAUACCAAACAGAAUGUUUAUUCCGUACACUAGAUAAGAGCUAAGUCAUAAUUAUGACAUCAAUAAAAAAAAUGAACAAGGGAGCCCAGGUGGCACCCAUCGUAUUCUUGAAGUAGACACCCUAUACUACAACUUUCAGCAAAAAAAUUGCAUACAUACCCAACUUGACGGUCAUGUUGUGGUUCUACUUGACUACUAACAUCCAUGGAAGCUCUGCCUCAGAAAAAAAGUUAAGCCUGUUAUUCUGCCUAAAAUUAAGCUACAUCUAGACCAAUACCCUAUAUUUAUGUUCUCACACUAAUGAAUAAAAAAGAAAGUAUUCAUCAUGUUCCUGUGACCUCACACAAUGAAUGACCAAUACCCAGCAAUUUUCGCAAUUAAAUACUGUCUAUUCGAUGUGCAUGCAUAACAACCACUUUUGUUGGUAAUGGUAAUGGACUCCUGGCAUAGCAAACCUAUGAAAAGUUGAAAACUUGAAAGUUUGUGAUACUGUUAAUACUAAAUCAUGUUUUACAUUUAAAUUUCUCACUCUCCUUCAAUCUUGUUCAGGUUUGACUAUAAUGGCUGAAUACAUUCCAAGACCGUGUGUUUUCUGUGGACCUUCAGGAUCUGGUAAAAGCACAUUGAUUAAACAGCUGAUGGAUGAACACAAAGAUACAUUUGGCUUCUCUGUCAGUCAUACGACAAGGAAUCCAAGACCUGGGGAACAGGAUGGAGUUCAUUAUCAUUAUACAACUCGAGAGAAGAUGGAAUUGGCCAUUGCAAAUGGAGAAUUUCUAGAGCAUGCACAGUUUUCAGGCAAUAUGUAUGGUACAAGUAAAAAGGCAGUUCAGGAUGUGCUGGCAACCAAGAGGAUCUGCAUUCUAGAUAUUGAUGUGCAAGGGGUGAAAAGUAUUAAGGAAACAGACCUAAAACCAAUCUAUAUCUUUGUCAAGCCACCAAGCAUUGAGGUCUUGGAGGAGAGGCUUAGAGGCAGAAAAACAGAUUCCGAAGAAGCCAUUCAAAAGAGAUUAGCUACUGCAAUAAAAGAAUUGGAGUACAUUGACAAGCAAGAGCCUGCUGAAGGGAGUAUAUAUUUCAUCGUGAAUGAUAUAUUUGAAAGAGCAUACUCUCAACUUAGUCUAAUCUUACAAGAUGAGAUAAACAGACUCAAGUCGAUGAAGAGACAUCCGCAAACGCAACCUUCCUUGUAGUCAAUGAUGACAGAGAGGUAGCCUAUGAAAAGAUCAAGGGAAUCCUAAGUACCGAUAUUGUCAAACUUAAAGAUAUCAGAUUCAAAGCAAAGUGACCCCCUCAUUGUGUCAUACCUCCAGAUGAAAUAUCUUGCAUUUCUUAAAUUAUAGAUUGAAUUAUUUAUGUUAUCUUAGUGUAAGGUACAUAUAUGUUUUAUCGUCUUUAAAAAGAUAAAAUCUGCAUAUUUUAAUGCAUUACAAUACAUGUAUAUCCACCUGUCUUGAAAUCGAUAUUUCAUGAAUAUUUAUUAAUGAUAUUCCAUACUUAUUCAAAUGCUUUAAUAUAUUUUCUUGUCCCAACUCAAUUGUGUCUAUGAUAUCUCUUGUUAAUUGAGACUGCCAUAUGUAUGCUUCUCCCUGAAAAGUGCUUGUGAUAGCUUUAAAAGCUUUAGCUGUUAGGGAAUUAUGCCUCUUCAGUUAACAAAUUUAUUGCAUAUUUACUUAUUCAUUUAUGAUGAAUGAUUCUGUAUAAUUUAUGUUGAAAAAUGAUGCUUUGUAAAUAUGGAAGAAAAUGAAUGAAUAGUAACUAGAAAGUGGGUAUGAUUGACUUGGAUUGUGAUUACAUGCACCUCAGCAAUGAAAGGCAUGCAUUGAAUGGCAACUCAGUUAACAAGAAACAUCAUAGACACCAAUAGAUGUGGAAAAAAUAUUCAAGAAUUAUGACACGCUUAUAUCAAUCCUGCUUCCAAAGAUCAUUUUAUUGAUAACAGUUUGACUUUGGAUUUCAAUAUUGUCAGAAUCUUGAAUACAAGAUAUACCAAAAGCUUUAAUCUCGUAAAGAUUAAUUGCUCUGCUAACUAUUGAUCCAUCUAAAACCGGAAAGUUAUGGAAGAAAUGGUUAUGGGAUCUGAUCGGAUUGGUGAGAUUUUGAGUACCAGCAUAAUUGACUAUGGCCUUAUCAUGAUAUAACCUUGUAUCACAUUUAAAUUAUUAAUUUGCAAUGCAACAAAAUAUUCAUAAGCCUCCAGAAUCAAAUGAAGGAACAAAUGAAGAAUUGAAAUGAUACGAAUUAUAUUAUUUUUGAAAUUGCUCAUGCUGAGUUUAUCUGCAUCAAAUUGUAAGAUCUGCAUUUAUUUGCUAUGUGUAUAGAAACCGUUAUUCUAUAACUCAUUUGUAAUAGAAAUUUUUUUUUGAACCACUUUAUGCAUGUUCCAAGUGUAUUUAAGCAGAAAGAUUGCAAUUAUCAUGUGUCUCUGUAUUGUGAAUGUGUGAUUCAAGAAUAUUCAUGGCUUGAUAAAAAAAAUGUAUGAUGUAGUACUCUAAACAAAAUUUUACUCAUGUAAAUAAGAUGUAGAUUGUGUGUAAUGUAAAAGGUUUAUUGACAUUGAUUAUUUCAUGUCAGUUGAAUUUAAUGUUGAGCACAUAAAAGAUGGGGGAAAGAUUGAAUUUAAUGUUGAGCACAUAAAAGAUGGGGGAAAGAUUGAAUUUAAUGUUGAGCACAUAAAAGAUAGGGGAAAAGAUUGUAUUGUAAACACUUGGAAAAAUAAGAUGAAAUCAGUUUCUGUUCGAUUGAAAGGAGCAGCUGUAUAUUUUGUUCUAAUGAAAUAUUUGGUUUGGCUGUACAUGUAUUUGUUUUUAUAUUUAUAUUGUUCUUGUUUGAGUAUAAGUGACUAUCAAAACAUGUUUAUGAGAUUAAGAAACUCAUUUGAUUGUGAAAUGGUCCUGAGAAGAUGAAUUGAUGUUUAAAUGUUCAAACAUAUCAAACGAUAGCUGAAUUCAAAUGUAUUGUUAUUAUUUGUUCAUGUAUUGUCACAUUUCUGUUCAAAUAUUGGAAUAUCAAGCACUUUUUGUAAUCGAGAUCACCUUUGCAAAUUCAAACUUUUAUAUCUUGAUAAUUUAGUUUUAUGUGAAUUAUUGUAGAGUAGACCUUCCAUUGGAGAUUGAGUUUAUAUUAAAAAAAAAUGAAUUUAAAUACAUACCGGUACUUAUUUUUAAGGGGAGCAUUUAAAUAUGGUAAGAACUGACAUAAAAUAAUGUAAGUUCUGUUCUGCUAGAAGCAAUUCUAUGAAGAGACGUUUAAACUAUUCAAAUGUAUGGAUUUUUCAAAGUUGUGAAAGUAGUUAGCAUUUGAUUUUGUGUCCAAAAUCUUGUGUCCUCAAUUGUUAUUCUUUAUGGAUCAUUGUUCAACGUGAAAUACCCCGUAACUGUUUCAUGAUGGGAAAUUAUUUUCAUUUUACAACACUUAUUUCCUUUGACUUUUUGUUUUAGAUAAUGAGUUGUCUGAAAUCAGCCGCAAAAAACGUUUAAACCUAGUAAAUUUUGUCAUUUGAUAAUGAAUUGUUUCUGUUCACAAGUUGACUUUCUAUAUAAAGCUCCAUGAUCCUCUCUAAUUAAAGCAAGUUUUAAGGCCAUAUGCAAAGUAUGACCUAUUUACAUUGUCAAAGUAUAACGUUGCAAAAAUUGAGAUGAAACAUUGGUAUGUGAAUUUCUAAAUCAUGUGGAUUAAUUUCAAACUGUUUGAUAGGAGUAUUAAGUUUAUCAGACAUCAAAUUUGAAUAAUUAUUGCACUAUCAGCAAGUGGGCUAUGGUUGUUUUGUAAACUACAAGGUGUUUACCAUGCAAUUCCUGUUUUUUUUAUAUUAAUGUUCUUUAGCAUUUCUUGUAGGACCAAAUUAUCAUAGCUUAAUUUGGCCUAGAAUAUUCCAUGAAAUGGAAACCCUGUAUCAAGUUUCUGUCAUUUGUGAAUUGUAUCAGAAGAGUUAAUUUUUAAUUUCUAUCAUUUUGCAAAAUUAUGAAAAGUGUGUAUAUAUUGAAUCUUGAUUAGUAAUGUGUCUAAAUAAUAGUGUUGUGAGAAGCAUUGGUGAUAUAUGUUUUAAAGUUGUUUUUUUUAAGGAAGAUGUUUUUUUCACUACAAGUAGAUGAAAUAUAUCAAAAUAUUAUGUAGAAUUUUUGGUAAUGGUAAUUUCUGAACACAAAAUUGAACAUGGGUUCAUUAGGAUUAAUGUUCUUGUCAAGAAUGGAAGAGCAAUUAGUCACUAUUCAAUGAGUCUACUCUUUUGUUUAAAAGCACGGCAUGAUUAAUUCAUCACCUUGAUUACAAUGGCAAUCAUCAUCUAUUUUCAUUAUCAACAUUUCCAAUUUAACCCAUCAAGUACUCAUAUUUCAUCCAUGUAGAUUAUCAAUUGGAAUAACGUGAGAAGCAUUUCAUGAAACAAAUACAUGUAGUCAAUAUUUUACUGAAAUCGUAUGUUUAAUGGAUAAGGGCAAUUUUUCAGUGAAAAUUUUUACAACCAAUUGUGCUGAUUGUCAUGAAUUUUGCAGAGGGAAAGGACCAUUUUCUGAAAAAAUAUUGUCUAAGAACUUGCGUCAAAGUUUAACUCACUUUAUGGAAGACAUCCAUUCAGGUAAACAAUGUGAUAGUACUAUUGUAAAAAAAAAACCUGAAUUUAAUGGACCAUAUUCCGAAGUCGGGUUUGAUUCAAACUCUGGUUUUAAGUUGUGGUUUAACCAUGGAAAGCCAGUUGUUACAUAAAUCUCUAACAGUAGAGAUUCAAUAUAUCAGCUCAUUUGACUCCCAAAACAUUAUGAACUCCCCGGGAAGGAUAAGUAUGACAGUUGUCUUCCCCACUGAAUAAUUAGUAAGGAGCACAGUAUAAAUGAGAAGCAUUCACUGUAAACAAAAUUUUAAAACGUUUGGCUUCCCAUAAUUUCAGCACAGAGUUAGACCAUGGUCUAAGUUAAACCCAACUUCAGAACACGGGUAAGAGAGUUCAUCUGUGAUAAUAGAUUUAAUUUCACCUGAUCACUUACAAUAUUCACAAUAGGUUCAUUUUGUAAUUAUUUGUCAGUGAACAUACAAUUAUCAAAAUCAUGUUGCAAAAUUAGAAAAUGCUAAUUUUAUUGGUUAUUUGUAAUUGUAAGACCUCACAGGAUUGUUGCAAAAAAUUCAUUGAAAUAAGUCCUUAAGAUCAGUCACAUAUCUCUAGUGCAGACAUCUUGGGCCUGUUCCAUAUAUUAACUUUUGCCAUGAAAAAAUAACCCUGGCCAACAAAAUAUUGGCAGAGUUUUUCUUUUUUGCAACGGGUCCUUAGGAUCUGUUGAUUUUGGUAACUGGGGUAUGCCAGUGGUAAUAGCUAAAAAAAAUUGUUUCUUUGCCACAACAGAAGAAAAAAAUGAGGGUUGAUCAUUCAGUAUUUUUUUAGGUAUGAUAUGAAAGAGUUUCUAGAUCUUACUUUCAUAUGGAUAUUUGUGAUGUUCUGGCCAGUGUCCUUUGCUUACAAAGAUUUUUUCCUGAUAAGGCUCAACAGCCAAUGAAUUAUACAGGUUUCCAUGAAAAUCACCAUAUCAAAUGUAAGUUUGGAUCAGCUGGAGAUAAAAUUGUGAUUGAUUUCCCAACCUGGAUCCCAUUUUGUCUUAUAGAUUUCAUGAUAUACAUGUAUUCAUAUUGAUGGCAACUUAUAAGAUUUGAUCUCAGCUUCCAUCUCUUCAGUACACAGUCCUGAGCAGUCUCAAAGGUUGAAUCAAUUGUAACUCCUGACCCAGGAAUAUGAUAAUUAAUAGGCAUAUUUAUAUUUGAUUCUUUUAGGACUAUAUUUUUGCAUGAAAAUGUGAAGAAUUAAAAAUUGUAAUAAAGAUUCAGUGUGUACCAUUGCAACUCAUUAAGGUAUUCAGGAAUUUUGAAAACUGUUUGCGGUGUGAGACAGCCAAACUUUUGUAUCAUGAUUAAAAGCAUUCUUGAUGUAGAAGACAAUGCAUAGCAUACAGAGUGAAAUAAAAUAGUUUUGACAAAGCAAGAA